AUGAAAGGUAAAAAAAUCGGUAUGACCAGCAUAUUCGAGCCCAAUGGUAAGCAAACAGCUUGUACCAUCAUCGAAGCUGGACCUUGUGUGGUAACGCAAAUUAAGACCGUCGACUCUGACGGAUAUGACGCGCUACAGAUUGCUUAUGGCGAAGCUAAAGAAAAAAACACGCCAAAAGCUCAAAUCAAUCACUUCACUAAGGCAAACACUACGCCUAAGUCUGUAGUAAAAGAACUUCGUAACUGUUCCAUCUCAAAACAACUCGGUGAGUCUAUCACUUGCGAGAUUUUUGCCGAAGGCGAAAAAGUAAGCGUAAUAGGCACAACCAAAGGUAAAGGUUUCCAAGGCGUUGUGAAACGUCACGGAUUUAGUGGUGUC